CAGUGAUGAUGCUGUUCUGGCUGAUGAGCGUCACGUGCUCUGGCACGUGCCCUGAGAAUAACGCCCUGAAAGAAGCCCUCACGUGCCUCCACAAUCUGACAGAUGGGGAGAAUGCCAAGGUCACCAUAAGCCCCGCAGACAUCUAUAGGACCAAGCAAUUCUGCGAAAAUGGAAACUUUAGGGAUUCGGUGAAUUGUUUAAGAAAUUUACAUCAAUCGUGUAAAGAUCCGGUCAAAUUAGAGAUGUUGACAAAAUACGCUGACCCUAAUGCCUGGGAAGCUGGAUUUGACAGACUUUGUCAUAGCAUGUCACUAUAUAUUAGUAAGGCUGACUGCAUCACAAAGCAAAACUCCGAAAUCCAGAAAUGCACGGAGAGCAAACAUAAAGAUAUCGAAAUUUCCAACGAAGCUGGCGUGACCUACAGCAUCAGUGAAGACGAAGAAAAAUAUGUAAAGAGUAUAUGUGGCAUAUUCCAGGUUUCAAACCAUUGUUACAGCACACAGAUAGGAAAUCAUUGUGGGGAGGAUAUCAAAGCUGUUUUAACAGACUUCAAUAGUGGUCUAACGCCACCCAUUUGUAGAGACUACAGCUUCGCGCCGCGGAGCUCAGCAAGGACCCAGUCCCUUAGUUUAUCUGCACUAACUGCCUGCUUAAUGUGUUUCGUGGCAUGGAUGAAGAUAUCAUGAUUAAAAAUCAAGAUGUAGUCAGUGUUUGGAUUUAACAUUCCAAUAUCGAUAUUCGGAGAACAAUGUGAACAAACUUAGAAUUCCGGUGUAGCAAGUUUACAAGGGGACUUCGAUUUCGAAGAUGUGAUGGAAGAAAGAUAACUCGUACUACGCUCAUUAUACAAAGCCCUCCUUAUUCUUUGGAUGUGUGCAAUUUUAAAAGUGAGAAAGUGGCUUUUCUCUCAAUGUGUAACAUAAUUUCUUACCAUGGAUAAAAGAUUUUUUUAAUCUGUGUAUGGAAUAACUGAAGGUU